UUGUUUGAGUCGUGUGCACUCAGUCUCGUGUGUUCCGCGAUCGUGCGAUAACGUUACGACAUUUCUGUUGAACACAUAACAGUAGCUUAUAUAAAGAAAUAAACACACAUUUUAUCGCCGCAAAGAGUCAUUCUGUGAACUACCAAUGAAAAGUAUAUCGUCCGCUUUGUCGACAUCUAGAUGAAAAAUCAAGACUCGCCGAUUCAGUAAAUAUCUUACAUCGAUAAUCGAAAUGUUAUUGGUAUAGCUAAGUUGUUUCAUACUUCCAAGUGUGGAUGGCGGUACUGAGGGAAUUCGGAAUGCGGUCUUUUCGCCUCUCUCAAAGAGAGUUAAUAUACAUACACAUAUCGGACGGCUAAAAAUUUUCACACGCUGUUGCACCAUGGCGAUUCACGCGUCAGCGUUUAAGUUGACACGAGCGAUACCGUUACGGUGUGGAGUGACUGUGGAGCCAAUGCUGUUCUGUUACUUCCUGUCCACCGUGAUCUCGUCGACCGUCGGCUCAAACCUGUUGCUGCGCAAGGGAUGUGACUUGGGAGCGACCGCGGCACCGAAUUUGCAGAACUCGUCGCUGUGCCUCAUGGAGAAGGAGUCGCAGCACGGCGUGGCCGCCAUAAACGUGUGGAAACACAUCAUCCAGGAGCUAAUGUCGCUCGUGUUCAUCAUGUUCGCGGGACCGUGGAGCGACAACCACGGACGCCGGCGCCGGCCGCUCAUGUUCGUGCCGGUUUUCGGGCAAAUAUUGUGCGACACGUUCAACAUACUGUUCACCGUGUUCUGGCAGGUGUCGCCCGCCGUCACCGGGAUCAUGCAGGCUCUUACGUCGGCGUCCACCGGCACGUUCCAUUGUUUCCUGAUCGGCGUGUUCGCGUACCUGUCCGACGUGACGGAUGAGAGCAACCGCACCAUGCGGCUGGGCUACGCGACCGCUAUCCUGCCGCUGUCCGCCACCCUGGGAAUUCUGUCGUUCGGCUACCUGAAUGUCAAGCUCGGUUUCGUCGGCGUGUUCGCACUGAACAUCGGAAUCAACGUGCUGGGCCUGUGCCUAGGCUCCUUGUUCAUUUACGAUUCGUCCGUGCCAUAUAAAUCGCCGUCAGGAUCGUUGUACAAGACCACGUUGGACCCGUCCAUCAUCGCAAAAAGCUUCAAGAUCAUAUUCGUCAAACGCGAAUACCACAAGCGCAUCAUACUUAUACUCAUGGUGCUUGCCUCGCCGUUGACCAGCACCCCAUUUGCAGGUGAAAUAAGUUUGCUAUAUUUGUACUUGAGAAAUCGGUUUGGUUUCAGCGAAAUCGAUUUCAGUUUGUUCAACGGAUACAUCUUAGUGGUUAUGUUAUUGGGAACUGUUUUCUCCCUUGGAAUAUUAAGCCGCAGACUUAGAAUGAACGAUUCGUUAAUUGGUUUGAUUUCUACGGUUUUCGAUAUCUCUACUAUUCUUGGAUUCCUUUUUGUCAGCAAAUUUAAAUAUUUAUUAUUUAUACCUCCACUUGAAUUCUUUCGUGGUGCGGCAUUAGCUAUCUCAGGUUCUAUAGCUUCAAAAUGUGUGGAAUCGCAUGAAUUAGGAUCUAUGAAUUCUAUUAAAAUGAUAUCGGAAAAUUUAAUGAAAAUUGUUAUUUUGCCGCUGUACAAUAUAGUGUACAAUUACACGCUAGAAACUAUGCCGAGUGCUUUUUUCAUCAUCAGUUUAUGUUUGACCGUUCCAUUAUUAGGAUGUUUCGGUACCACUUAUUAUUACACUCAGAAUCAUGAAAUGACACCGAACCAAGGAAAUAAUUUGGAAAGUAAUUCGACUGGUCUCAACGCUGAUCCUUCGAACAAUAAAUCGACUCAAAACAUCAUAGGAUCUGUACAUAUGUAAAAUGUUUUUUUCGUGAAAAGUACAAGUUUUAAAUAUCCUAAGUUUUUUAAAUAUAUUGUUUUAUUG